AUGCGGUACUUCGAGACGUCCGCGCCGGCAGCGUUCGCCGAGCUGCUCGGGCGCCAGGCUGAGGUGGGGCGGCCAGUGACGUACGUCGUCGGCAACCCGUUCCUUCCGUGGGUGGUCGACGUCGCGGCGGAGGCGGGCGUCCCCGCCGCGGUGCUGUGGGUGCAGUCGUGCGCGGUGCUCUCGCUCUACUACCACUACGCGCGCGGGCUGGUGGAGUUCCCGCCUGAGGAUGACACCGACGCGCGGGUCGUGCUCCCGGGCCUCCCGCCGCUGUCCGUUGCCGAUGUGCCGUCGUUUCUGCCCCCGUCGAACCCGUACAAGAUGAUCGCCGACGCGAUACUGGGCCAGUUCCGCAACGUGGACAAGGCGGCGUGGCUGUUCGUCAACUCCUUCACGGAGCUCGAGCGCGACGUGCUCGCCGCGCUCCCGGGCGUCACGCCGCGCCGCCGCAGCUGA